UAUUUCAAAAAUAUUCUAGAAUUUUUAGAUUCCAAGAGGAAAUUUUUGCAUUGUGACACAGCUGAAAAGCUAUCUGAAGAACUUUUUAAAUAUACAAAGUAUGUUCCAAAGCAGGAAGAUGGAUAUAAAGCACAGCAGUGGUACUGGCCACUAGUAAAGUGUGUGACUGUCAGGGUGCCAAACAAUAAGUUUCUCCAGCAUGUCACACUUGUGGACCUUCCUGGAAAUGGCGAUCGCAACAAGAGCAGGAACGAAAUGUGGAGACAAAUUGUUGGAGAUUGUUCUACUGUGUGGAUUGUGGCUGAAAUUACUCGGGCAGCAUCAGAGAAUGAGGCCUGGGAGAUUCUAAAAAGUGCACAUGGCCUCAUUGGAAAUGGUGGUCAGUGUGAGCAAAUUCACUUUAUCUGCACCAAGUCUGAUCCUUCAGACAAUCGAGAUAUAAAAAACAAGGAAGCCAAGAAAGAAGUGACGAGUGAAUUCCGGGAACUGAAUGAGAGUCUGAGUGACCACUUCAGUGAGGACUGCUUCAAAGUGUUCACAGUGAGUGCUGAAGAGUUCCUAAAAAGAAAAGGUGUAAAAGAAGAUGUCAAUGAAAUAGCCAAACUUCAAGACUUCUUGCAAAAUUGCAAUGAUUGUCACUCUGAGACAUGUAACUAUGUGACUGGAGCUUAUGGGAUUCUGUCUUUGAUUGAAGGAGCCAGGCGCAGAAAAGAGGGUGUUGGAAAAGCAGAUGAUGUAUGUAAAGUCCUUGAGAAAAACAUGAGGGAACAACUUAAUACAGUAAAAACAGCAGUUGAAGAAGCAACCAAGGACUUUGAACAGUGUCUCGCAGAAGGGAUUAAAAAUUUCAUAACCUCUGAAAAAAAACUGAAGACCUUUUUGUAUCGUAAAGACCGCAGUUUUUUCAGCACACUACAGGCUGUAGUUAAGAGGGACGGCAUCCACACAACAAAAUACGGGGAACAAAUAGACCUCAACAUGAUGUUGGCUUCAUGCCUGACUGACAGCAUUGAUAAAAAGUUCAGAGAGACCUUCCCAAAUGACAUUAAAUGUGGAUCAUUCAAAGGAGUCAUAAGCAGGUUUUCACUUGGCACCAAUUCACUGAUUCAAAAAUACAAUGAUGUCGAACUACAGCUGAUAUUUCUUCAGACACAGGAGGACAAAAUGAAGGCUCGAAUGGAGAAAUUCAUCCUGAAGCAGAAGAAGAAAAUCUACACCAGUCUAACAGAGACAGUUAAGGAAAACAUGACAAAAUGUUACAUUGAAGCAAAAAAAAUUGAGGGAGAUGGAGCACUGGAAGACAUGAGGAAGACUAUUGAGAGACAUGUGUACUCAAAUAAGAAAAUGUAUGAGGAGGCAAAAAAGACCAUGUUGAUGAAGAUGGAUGCAUUGAAGAAAGUCAUGCUGUUCACGCUCGAGAAAAUCAUGAAGGAAGCCAUUGAAUUCUCACUGAAGACUGCUGCCUACUCACUCCCAGAUGUUUCAGAGUAUCUUGAGACUUUGACAACACAUUAUAAUCAACUUCAAGGUGGUCAAGAUGAAGAAAUGUUACAACAGUAGCUGGGUAAAAAUAAAAAUGGUAUUAUUAUUUUUGUAAUACUUAAAUUAAUCAGCUUUGAUUACCUGUUUUGUGUUUAAUUACAUAAAUAUUGCUUUUACUAAACUAGAACUUAUAUCCCUGGCAAGCCUGAUUUGGAUAAUCAGAAGAAGACAUUGAUUUAUUUCUGCAUCACAUUUUAGCAUCUUAUAGUAUAUUCUAAUGUUUUAAUUGCAUGUGUUAAGUCUUAGUUCAUUGAAAUGAGAGCCAUUAGUUUAUGGAUAUGUUUUUCAGUUUUAUCUUUGAGCCUUAUAUAGCACAAUAUUUUUUAUUGCAAUUUCAGAAUCAGAAUUUUUUUCCUGCAUUACAUUGGUUUCUUUGGGUGUCAUGAAUAAUAAUACACCAGCAUUACUAUCAGCUUCUACUUCAGCUACUAGUUUAUAAUUUUAUUUU